GGUUCUAAUGUGGUUACGGAAGUCGGUUUUGUACUAUUACAAACACCGGACCAUGUGUUCAAAAUUUUUCGAUGUAGAUUCACAAAAAAAAAAAAAAAUGGUUGAAAUCCGUGAUUCACUAACUGUAGUCUCCUCUUGUAAGAUGUGAAAGCCUGAUUUUCGCAUGAUUUUGUUUUUCGAGUUGAAACAUCGUUAGAACAGAACCCGAAGGACCAGAAACAUUACUAAACUCUAUGAAAAUAGCAGUGUGAGUUGGUGCACUGUUCAACUAUAGUUUGACGAAAACCUUCUCCUGUUGAUAACGAUGCUAUGCGAUCUUUCGUUGAACCGGAUCCCAGAACACCUAUUCGAGAACUUGUCGAGAAACUUUCAGUUAGGAAAUCGACUUUCGCUGGCCACAUCGCCGCAAUUGAAAAUAUGACAAAUUUGGGUUCCUCAAGCAUUUAAUAACAGCCACAAAAUCUUUAGUAUAAAGAUUGUGAAGCACUUCUUUUUCAGCCAGGAUUCUUAAACUAAUGCUUUGAAAGAUAUAAAUUUAAAAGUUGAAAGUUUUAUUGAAAAAAAUUUGUUGGAAAAUGCCUUUUCUGGAUUCAACAUUCUAUUAUGAGGGAAUAAAAAAGUUACCAAUACGUUGGCCGAAAUGUAUUGAGAGUAAUGGUCUACAAUAAUUAUGGAAACUCUUUUCACUGAUUGUACAACAUAUGGUAUAAAAAAAGUACUUAAAAAUAUUAAAACACUUUAGGUUAUUACUACGAAAGAGAAACAAACCAUUCGAGCACUUCAUAGGCCUUCGUACAGAAGGGAUUUGCUUUUAGAAUGGCUGCUCCUACUACAGAUGAAGAUUACGACCCUUUUGCCCACAGAGAAGUCGCCAAGGCACUGUCAAAUUUCCAAUUCUUCGUCCAUUUGAUGAAAGGAGCUGUUGGUACUGGAGUUUUAGCUAUGCCCGAAUGUUUCAAAGAUACUGGAUUGUUUGCAGGAACUUUCAUCUUAUCUUUUGCUGGGUUGAUAAUUAUUCACUGUAUGCUUCUAAUUGUACAAAUCCAAAAUGACAGAGCCAGGAUGUUGAAAGUUCCAUUAGUUACGUACGGUCAAGCUAUGAAGUUUGCCCUCGAAGACGGUCCUGGAUUUCUUCGGCCGUUGGCACCGGUUUCCUUAUUCAUCAUUGAUGUUUACCUGAGUGCAUACCAUCUUGGAACUUGUAUUGUUUACGCUGUUUUUGUAGCAAAAAACGUAAAACAAAUUUUUGACGAAUACGUGAUACACCUCGAUGAGAGAAUCUGGAUGUUAAUAAUUAUGCCGUUUGAGAUGCUACUUAACUGCAUACGAGAUCUGAAAAUACUUGCGCCAGUUUCAACACUCGCUAAUAUAAUUAUGUUCACUGGAAUAGGCAUCAUCAUGUACUACGUCUUCUUAGAUCUCCCUGGACUAGAUGAUCGAAAGCUAAUGACUUCACCCUUAAAUUGGCCAAAAUUAUUCGGUACAGCAACGUUUUCCUUGAGUCCAGUCGCACUGGCGUUGACGUUGGAAAGUCAAAUGAAACACCCAAAAAAUUAUGGUGGAUGGUGUGGAGUAUUAAAUCUAUCAAUGAUUGCUGUUACCCUACUCAAUAUAUUUGUUGCUUUUUUUGGCUAUUUAAAAUAUGGAGAGGAAACUUUAGCGAGUUUGUCCCUCAAUAUUCCUCAAGACAGUAUCGUUGCACACAUUGUAAGAGGUCUCUAUUCUGCAGUAAUUUUCAUGACCUACGCUGUGCAAUUUUAUGUACCAUACGACAUCAUAUGGCACAGGUAUAGUGAACCGAAAGUAACCAGGUGUACACUGCUAAUAGAUUACAUCGUCAAAAUGAGUAUGGUGGUUGUAACAUUUGCCUUGGCCAUAGGAAUCCCACUGUUGGGCCUGUUCUUGUCAUUGGUGGGAGCACUUCGAGGCCUCAUGUCUAUAGUUUUUCCCGCAAUCAUGUCUAUCUGCCAUUACUACCCUGACCGAUACGGGCCUAUGAAGAUAUACCUCUGGAAAGAUAUCGCCGUCUUAAUAAUUGGACUUGUCUUUCUGAUAUGUGGAACUGUGUCCUGUAUAGUAAAUAUUUACUUUGGAUUGCAAAAAUAUCAUGCAGAUAAAGCGGCUGGUAAACUAGAUUGAAUUUUGACUAAACUAAUUUAGAAUGAAAUUAAUUUCUCAAACUAUUACUAAUUAAAUUUUCAUAUUCACACUUGUAUCUAAAUAAAGAGCACAUAUUUUUUUUCUAUCUUUCAUUUAUUUUAUAUUAAAUUAACUAUUAUUACUAUAUAUACUAUAUUGAGUUUUCUUUAAAAUACUCAUUAUUCAUUUUUAU